AUGACCUCCCUCCCGCUCCUCAUCUGCAGUCUGGGCAACCCAGGCGCCGCAUACGCAAACACUCUUCACAGCGCCGGUCACAACGUUGUAGCUGCACUAGCAACACUCCUGCAAGCCGGCCAGUUCACAAAAGAUCGCUCAUACGGCAAUGGCACCCUCACACGCUCCUACAACCCAGAGAUGCCGUGGACGUUAUGGCAAUCGCCCACUUUCAUGAAUGAGAGCGGCAAAGGCGUCAGCGCUGCCUACCGCACUUGGGCGCGCGAGAACAAUAUGCAAGGAAGACUGGUCGUCGUGCAUGAUGAGUUGGAAAAGCCAUUGGGCUCGGUGACGAUAAGAGAUAAAGAAGGGCUUUCUGCCAGGGGACACAAUGGACUCAAGAGUUGUCUGGCAACUUUGAAUGGUGUCAAGUUUGUGAGAAUUGGCGUAGGAAUUGGAAGGCCAGUCAGUAGAGAGCCCAACGAUGUCGCGAGAUAUGUCUUGAAGAAGAUGACGCCGGCUGAGAGACAAAAGAUCGAGGGUGCGGCCGAGGAUGUUCUGAACAAGUUGUUGGCCAUCAAGGGAUGA